AUGCCGCCUGCAACAACUGGACAACAAAAAUACUCAGGACAUGUCGGUUCACUCAGUCCACAGCAGGCUGCAACCCUUGAAAAAUUUCGUCAGGAACUCUCAGACGAAGGUUUCUACGACGAAGAGCGCCACGACGAUGCUUGUCUUCUUCGUUUCCUUCGCGCUCGUAGAUUUGAAUUGUCAAAAGCAAAAAAGAUGUUUAUUGAUUGCGAAAAAUGGCGGAAAGAGUUUGGUGUCGAGAACCUCGUCAAAACUUUCGACUAUACCGAACAUAACGAAGUGAUGAAGUAUUAUCCCCGCUAUUAUCAUAAAACAGACAAAGAAGGACGACCUAUAUACAUUGAAGAAAUUGGAAAUAUUGACAUUAAAGCCCUCUACAAGAUCACUACUCCAGAGCGUCAGAUCCAGAACCUUGUCGUUGAAUAUGAAAAAUUAGCUACUUAUCGUCUUCCUGCUUGUUCUGCUAAACACGGCAAAAUGAUCGAAACAUCUUGCACCAUACUUGAUCUCAAGGGUGUUUCCCUUCGCUCGUUUUCCAAUGUCUAUAGCUACGUGAAGCAAGCCUCUACGAUUGGACAGUACUACUACCCGGAACGUAUGGGUAAAUUCUUUAUCAUCAAUGCACCGAUGCUCUUUUCUUCAGUCUGGUCGUUGGUGAAACCUAUGCUGGACGAGGUCACCGCUGCCAAGAUUGUAAUAUUGGGCUCGAAAUAUGAGAAGGUUUUGCUUGAAUACAUUGAUGCGGAUAGUCUACCCACUAAAUUUGGUGGACGUUGCAAUUGUGUGAAUGGAUGCCACAUGAGUGAUGCCGGACCAUGGAACGAGGGAAACGUCGUAGUAGGAAAGGAAAUUGAAAUGAUCACUAAUGGGAUGACAGUUGAAAAAGUUGUUGCACAAGCUUAG